AUGCUUUUCUUCAGCUUUUUCAAGACCCUCACCAACCAGACCGUCACCAUCGAGCUCAAGAAUGACAUCCGUAUCCGCGGAACCUUGAAGUCGGUCGAUCAAUACCUCAACAUCAAGCUUGACGAUGUCGACGUCCUCGAUUUGGACAAAUACCCUCAUCUCUCCUCGGUGAAGAACAUGUUCAUCCGUGGUAGCGUGGUGCGAUAUGUCAUGUUGCCUCGGUCAGAGGUCGAUGUUGGUCUUUUAGAAGACGCUACGCGGAGAGAGGCCGCGAACCAAGCCGGAAAAGCUCGGUGA